AUUCGUUUUUGCCCACAUUAUGCGAGAAAUUGAUGAUUUGGCGACCGUUGCUACAAUAUACAGCUUGCUUAGCAUGCGUUUCCUAGUAACACCUGUCGAUUACCCGCCAGAAAAUAAAUCGCCCUUAACAACAGGCUGACGCCUACAAACAAGGGGAACAUCUAUCAUUCAAGCUAUCAGUCUGUAGCGAGUCGACCUUCUGCUAAUCAAUGUCAAAUCAACUACAAACAUAUCAUGUGUACGACGUAGUACGUACCGCACCUUGACGUUUGUGAAUAAUUAUCCUGAUAAUUGCUCAAAUACUAUUGACAAUGAAGGCCGUUCACUUUGAAGAAGUUAAAGAUGUAAUGGAGCAGAUGAUGAGAGCCCCAAUUUUUGAAACUACUGAAAAGCGAAUGCUGGCUUCUAUCAGCACAAAAAUGUUAGAUCCGAAUUUGUUGAUGGAUGCCCGGCACAAGAUAUUUCACGAACCGCUACCGCUGUCACCGUCAAAACACGACAUAUUACAGGAAGCGAAACGCCUUAUUAUGGAUGAAGAAACGCAAAAACUACAUCGUCAGCGUGAGCAAGAUAUGCUGGAAUCUGAAUUGAAAAAAUUUCAGUCCCAACUUCAAAAGAGUCGUCCGAAAUUUCGUGGUCCGUACACUUGUUCCCGUAAAGUUUUGGCGGGCUUGGAUGACGACCAAUUUUGGGCUGGAUUAAAAGCGGGUAAGACAAAAAAUGUUGUGGAAAAAUUGCACAACCAAACCGUCGUCCAAAGUGAAUCCGCAGAAUCCAGCUGCGCGAUGGAACUGCAAAACGAGCAAAAGGCAAAAAAGGAAGAAGGAAGUUAUCCCUGCCCGAUCACAGUCACGAUAAAGGAUAAACCAAUCACGGAAUCUCGGGAGGAUCAGUUGGAAGUUAUGAGCCAAGCUUUUCAAGCGCUAAAACAAAACGUCAUCCAAGAAAGACAACUGCGGGAAUUAAAGAUCAAGGUUCAAGAAAGAUUAACAAACCAGCGUCUUCAACGCACCUUUCACACCUGGAAGACUUUCGUUGACAACGCAAAGAUGAGAGCACAGCAGAGAAAAGAUAACAAAGAGAUGUCAAAGGAAAGGAGAAUUGAGCUUUUUAUGAAUGCCAUCACCGAAAAGCAGAAAGAACUGGCCAAAAUUCAGCACAAAAGUCAUUCGGCGGGUGACAUAAAUUCAGCGAGCAUUCGAGUUUCCCAGAGUACAACAGGAGAUGCGUUUACUGCAGCGAUGCGUCCGGUUGUGCCGAAAAAAAAUCCAUCGAAGACGUAUGCGGUCGUUGAGCCACCGGCACAAAAUCGUCUAAACGCUCAGAGAAAAAUCAUAGCUGAACAGAAAAUUAAAUUGGCUGAACAAAAUCGAAUUAUAGAAGAGUUGAAGCUGAAACAAAUCGAGAAAGAAACGCAACGCGCGAGCAAAGAUACUAUCAACGUCGCAAAAGAAGUUCUCGGAAAUUGCGGCGGACGAACUAAAAGAACUUUAAUAAAAUUGAUGAGAGAAGAAGGCUGCAAGGACAAGUCGAUCGUUGAACCCCCCCGACUUCCUAGUCCCCCAAGAUUUUUAGUGAGAAUGGAAGCCAGGGCGGAAGCAAGAAGAGAACGAGUAAAGCACGCUCAGGAAGAACGUGAGAAAAAGAUGGAAGAACGGCGAAAGAAAGAGGAGGCUGAAAGACGGGCUGAAGACGAAGAGAGGAAGAGAUUGCAGCUCGAGGCGCAAAAAGAGGCGAGAAGAAUACGUGAAGAACAAGAACAGCGAAGAGCACGUGAAGCUGAGCGUACUAAGCAGCUAAACCAGAUCGCCGAUGACUUCCGGCGGAAGUACCUCCUCCGUCGUUAUAUGAUGGAGCCUUUUUUUAGACUGAUCGAGAUGAAAUACAACUACAUAAAAACAGCGGAUGAGCACUACCACAGUACUCUCCUUCGUCGUACAUUAGCUACUUGGGCAAAGGAAAGCCGAGAUCGAAUCGCUGUAAAAGUAGAGCUAGCUUCUACAGUCUAUAGGCGAAAUCUUUUGUGGUACUUGUUCAGAGAUUGGCGGGAGUUCGCGAGAGGCGAGGCAAAGAAGAUGCAGGUGGCUACCGAUUUUUACGACAUGAGGCUUCAGGAAAAAUGCCUCAGAAUGUGGAACGAGAGGAGCGUUCGGAGCAAAAUUCAGUUCCUGGAUGACGAACAGGCGGCGAGAGAACACUAUAUCAAGAGAUUAAGAACUAAAUUCUUCGCCAGAUGGAAAGACUUCCCGAAAAUUUCUAGGCAAAUAAAGGAACGAGAAAAACGCAAAGAUAAAUGGAGGGAGCUCGUACAAAGAGUAAUCCCUGACUUUGAUCCUAAGCAACGAGGAGUUGCGAUAGAAGAUUGAUCGUACUAACUUUUUCAUAUGGUAUAAUUAUUGGUCCAAUUCACGAUAUUCAACAAUGAG